AUGGAGGCGUCAGCUCUAGAGGCGAACGCUCUGCCCCCUGUCGCUCUUCCUUUGGAAACCGAUCACACCAGCAGUGACAACGGGACGGCCACUGUGCCCAUGAGUGCGUCCAGUCACGAGGAAAGCCAAGCGGAUGACGAGAUGGAGAAAAGUGCUGACGGAGCGACAAAAGUUAAGGCCCUUAUAGACGGCAAUGAUGUGGAGAAAAACGAGGAGAUGACGUCGUCGAGGCCUGGGACGCCUUUGAUGACGGACUUUUCGACCCCUCGGGAGGAAAACACGGAGCCUACGACACCUGUUGGGGAACCUGUCGAACAGACUUUUGUGGAAGCUGGAGACAGGUUAUCUACCGAGGAAAAGAGUGACAUGACACAAAAGGAGGAGGAGGAGACAAACGAGCAGAUGAGCAUGUCGGUGCAGGAGCAGGAGGAGGUGGAGGACGAGGUGCAGUUGCCGUCCGUGGUGUCGGGUUUAGCGGCUGUUGCUGCUGGUGGAGAGAAGAGUGUGGAGGUCUCUCGUGACAGCAGUGGUCGUCAAUUGGAUGAUGAAGUGGAAGCUGCAGUUGAGGAGGAGGAGGAGGGGGCUAAAGGGCUGGAGGAAGUGGGACAGCCGGCGGUACUGGAAGAAGAGGAGGUUAAAGUGCAGGAUGAAGGAAGGCAGACUGUACAGGAGGAAGAGACACGUGCACUACAAGAUGAAGAGGAGUCUCAGGUGCAGGAUGAGCCGAAGAUGGUAGUACAGGAAGAGGUGAAGGCGAUGGAGCAAGCUGGAAAGGAGCCUCAAGUGCUGGAGGAAGCGGACCGUACUGUGAUGCACGACCAAGUUGUGCCUGACGAACAAGCUGAAACUGAACUUACAGUGCAGCCUGAAGAGAAGCAUACGAUGCGUGAUGAAGUGGGGCCGACUGCACCGGACGAAGUAGUGAAGUCUAAGACACAGGAGGGAGUGGAGAUGGCCGUUGACGGUGAAGUGGAGCCUGAUGUACAGGACAAAGUGAAGCCUAACGGACAGGACAAAGUGGAGCCUAAACAAGAGGCUGGAGUUGAGCAUACAGGACAAGACGAAGUGGCGUCCAGAGUAGAGACUGGAGUGGAGCAUACAAGACAGGAUGGAGUAGAGCUUGUAGUAGAGGAAGCGAGUACCCCGGAACAUGGAGUGGAUCUGAUGAUUCCGUCGCCAAAACGUCCGGUCGCUUUGAACCUGGUACAUCACGAUAUUGAUGACGAAGCAAGCGACAGCGAAGACGAGGCGGAAGAACCUGCCUGUGAAGACACUGAGGAAGAUGCGGACCUGGGCACUCCACUUGGUUAUGCCAGCGCUGCUGGCUUUGGCGAGGGGCACGAUGAUUUUGCGUCGCAUCGCUUUCUGGGCCCUAGCGUGGCUUCCGAUCCAUCAUCAGCUCGUGCGCUACACAGUUUGCGUCGUGUCGCGCUGCAUGACAAGCCGCCUCGCUUUGUUAGCGAAGCACCCGUAGUUGUAGCUAGCUCGGACAGUUUGACAAGCAGCGGUGAGUCAUCAGGCAGAAACUCGUCCAGUGCAAGUGCAGUCCACGUGUCCGAUGAUAAGCUGGGGUUGCGUGCACAAUCCGUGGCUGAUUCUAUGGAGAGGUCUUUUAACUCGUACACGUUGACAUUUACGGAACCAGUGCUGGGCUUUGACACAAGUGUUGUCAUGUCGCUGGAGAAGGAACUGCUGGUCGAGGUCUCGAGUGUGGAGAAGGAGAGUCCGGCGCAUCGUGGUGGUGUCGUCGUCGGCGACUAUCUGAUCAGCAUAAACGGGCAGCACAUUGAGCCGCACACGACGAAUGAGCAGGUGCUUGAGAUCAUACAGACGUCUUCCGUACCGCGGACGCUCGUGUUUCAGCGCGACUUGCAUGACAAGGACACGGUGCAGUCCAAGAGUCUUCCGGACAAGAAGCUCUCACCCGCGAAACCUUUGAUGGGUCGUCUGGGUGCAGCAAUGAGCCAAGGAGCAUUAAUCAUUGGCUCCAAGUGGAAGCGUAAGAAGACGCUAGUGCAUUCGGAUUCCUUUUGCGAUGGCUGCGGCAUGGACCCGAUCACAGGCGCGCUUUGGACGUGCAGUGUCUGCUCAAAUUACAACUUGUGCAGUGAGUGUUACGAUAUGGGCACACAUGGCAUGGAAAACUCGGAGCAAAUGCAGGCGCUGAGUGAGGCCACUGUACAGUACAAGUUACAGAAGAAGUGCAAGCAUUUCACACCCGAGUUUCUCCUAUCGCUUCGCCGCGAUAUUUGUAAGGGACGACCAGACAAGUUUGAGUACUUGGGCGAAUGGAUUGCCGAUAUCGUGAUGGGUACAUCCGCAGUGAAGAUCACAGUCCGCGGUAUUGAGAUCCCGUCUCUUCCGCCUGCUUCUCGCCAGCGGUUUGUGUCCCAUCUCAUGCCGCUGGUAUCCAAUCGGACUGACAUUGAGGUGAACAUUGAAUGGCUGCCGGAUGACUCGGAUCGAAUGACUGUGGCCUGUCGUCCAAGUGUGGAUCGAAUGAGUGCCGGUGCAUUUGAUAGCGACGAAGAUGAAGGCGCUGAUCACUUUUUCGACAACUUAGAAAAGCUGCGCAUUUGGAUAUCGGACAAGAAGACGCGCACGACGUCGCCGUUUGCGUGA